UGAAAAGAUUUUUUAUUAGUUUUCGGUUUUAGUUUUUACGUAGGAAAUAUUUUACCACUUUUUAAAAAUUUCUACAAAAAAGUAAUGCAAUGGAGCUUUCUUCAGAUCCUUACGAAUUAAAAUUAUAUCAAAUGUUCCAAAGUUGUGAUAAAGAACAAUGUGGUUUAUUGGACGAAGAAUCGUUGAGACGUUUGUGUGGCCUCCUGGAGCUUCAGGACAAAGGUACCGUCCUAAUUGGCGAUUUGUCUGGCAAUGGUCGUGUCUCCUUUGACUGUUUCAAAGAAGCUCUACUAAAAUUUCUCGGUGCAGAGCUCGAAUUGGAUACAAAAGAACAACAUUCACAAUCUGACGCACACACACGCAGUGGCGAUGUGAUCUCAGCACCAACGAUCGUCAAUAGUAGUAAUAGUAAUUGUAAGAGUAGUAACUGUUUAGCAGAUGCGAAAGAGCGAACUCUAGUCAUUGCCGACACGAUUGAAUCAAGCAAAUCUGUGGAUAGCGACCAUCCUACAUCUGAUCGAGAAGUCUCACCGAAACUUGUAAUGGGCUCAAAGAAAUAUGGUAGACGGUCGCGACCAAGCACACACAAUAUUAAAAAUUUAUCACUGACUGAUUCUGAAGAUGAUGGUGAGAGUCAUGAUCAUAGAUUAUGCGAUAUUAAUGUACAUCAUGGGCUCUCUUGCGUGCAGCGUUCCUCUUCGCAAACUGACAUUCCUAAUAAAGGGCGGCGUCGUCCCCCGACUACUAAUGGUGGUGGCAAACUGAAGCGUUGUUCAUCUUUGCCUACACAACGAAGCAUGCAACUUAAACUCAAUUCCAAAACAUUGAACUCGAAUAUAAAGAAACCACAGCUUUGGGAUAAGCUUCAACAAAAACAAGCACUGAAUAGUAGUGUUGAGUCCUUAGAUUCGCCGCCAUUGACGGAGCCUGAAAUAAUGCCUGUUCAUAGAAUACUAGAUAUAUUUGAUCGCGCUCAAAUUGAGAAUGGCAAAGGCAUUUUGCUAGCACUCGGUUUUGAUGAUGAUGAAAUUAAUGUAACCCAGUUGAAUAAAGUUUUGGAAGAAGAAUUGCGUGGUCUAGAAGAUGAUACACAGUUGGCGAUCGUACGUGCCUACAUGGCACUGCAGUUGUCCGAAAUGACAUCGUUACGUCAGACAGUGCGCCAAUUACAUGAUGAAAACAAAAAGCUUAAUGCCAGUAAUAAAGAUGCUAAUCAUAGAUUGGCGCUUUUGGCGGCUGAAAUUGAUGAGCGGCAUGCCUCACUAGAAGAUUCCUCAAAAAAAGAGAUACGACUACUGGAACAAAGGCAUGCUACUUUGGUACGUGAAUUGUCAACAAGAAUGGCUAAUGAUCGGGAAAAUUGGAGCAGUUUCACUACACGCCUUGAAGCAAGAAUUAAGCAACUUGAACAGGAGGAGAUCAAGAAUAAAACCGAGUUGGAAUUGGUGCGAAGAGAAAAUUGUGAUUUGGAAAAUGAGCAUCACAAAUUGCAAAAACAAGUCACUGAAUUACUCGAAAAGAAUUUGAAACUUAACCUGCAAUUAGCUGAUUUAGAUAGGGAUACAAGUAGUGGAGUUUGUGAAACCCGCAAUAGCAAGAGACUAGAAGAAGAUGAAGAAGUUGCACGUUUAGUGGAGAAGGUCUCCGAAUUGCAAAUGGAUAAUAAAAGUUUACGAGAUAAGACUGAUGAGUUAGUUGCUGAAAUAGAAAGUUUAAAUUUGGAAAUUUUGCGUAUGAAAUCGAAAAACAAAAAAUCAAAUUCAUCUACAAGCAACACCAAUGCAUCUACGCCAGUAGAUGCUGGCAGUGUUGUUGUAGAUGAUGCCGAGCAAGGAGCAAAUUUAACUGCUAUUAAACGUCGCGGUGACUCACCUAGCAAAACACAUAUCACAGAAGAAAGUCCACGUUUGGGUAAAUUGCGUAAAUGCACAGAUCCAGCAAAUAGUGAGACGAGUGACACUAGCGGUGAGUGGAUGGCUCUUAACUCAGAGUUACGUGAGUCAGAGUCGCAUCGAAAUAAUGCGACGAAUAGCGUAAGCGAUUAUUUGGAGCAAAUUUCUGCACUUAAACAGAAAAUUAAAGAACUGGAGGUACAAGCUAAAACCAGUUCAACUUCUAAUCAGCGCGUGGUAUCACCAGAUGAACGCUGUAAAGAAUUGGAAGCCAGCUUGGAACAAAUGCAACGUGCCUAUGAAGACUGUGAAGAUUAUUGGCAAGGUAAAUUGGCUGAAGAAAGGCAACUAUUUGAAAAAGAACGGCAAAUUUAUGAAGAAGAGCAACUGGAAAGUGAUAAAAAAUUCACAGAGUUAAUGGAAAAAGUACGUGAAUAUGAGGAACAGUUCAGUCGAGACGGUAGACUAUCACCGAUUGAGGAGAAGGAUGCCUUAGAACAGCAGUAUGCUGAUCUGGAAGCAGAAGCGAGUGAGCUACGCGAAACAGCUAGAAAAAUGUUCGACGAGAAAAGCAACGAAAUCGAAAAUUUACAACGAGAAAUCGAAGAUUUACGUAUGCGUUUGGGCGAAAGCGUGGAGAUACUUACCGGUGCAUGCGAACUCAACAACGAAGCAAUGGCAGUGAGUGCAUUACACAUCAAUCCAGAUAAACAAAGUCCUGCUAGUUCGCCAAUUAGUUAUUUAUGGCACCAAAGCACGAUACAAGAACCAGCUAAAAAUUAUAAUACCAUAUUUCCACCAUCACCGGAAUCGCCUACGCGUCCAAAUAUAAGAAAUAAUCUCACCACAUCUGAGACUACAAUCUUUAGUACUACACCCGUUGACACGAUUGCGCCUAUCCAAAAGCCCACUAGUUCCAAGCAAUCGGAGUCGGAAACGGAUGAAGUCUCUUCCACAGCCUCGGGCAAAAGUAGCGAGAGUCACAGUCCCGCAUCCACACAUAGUGCACGCCAAUCACAACUACAACAACAAUCGAAAACAUCACCAAGUACGGAACACAGCAUAUCUAGUGUUGGCAUGAAAGAGGAGCUCAAACGUUUGAAAUUCUUUGAAAUUUCCUUGCGUGAACAAGUGAAGAAUUUGUCUUUGCAAAGGGAUGGUUUAGUUAUGGAACUACAGCAGCUGCAAGAAGCACGUCCAGUGCUGGAAAAAGCCUAUGCGCGUACGCCACAUCCCAGUGUCAUACAACGUGUGAAUCAAUUGGAAUUGCGCAAUCGUCAUUUACAAAAUGCCAUCAAGCAACAACAACAACAGACAGAAUCCUUAAUGCAACGCUCUUGGCAACAACAUCAAAUGGAACUCGCCGACUUGCAUAAUCGCAUCGAAAAUCAAGGCUCCAUGAUUGCGGAGCAAGUGCAGCGUUUACAAAAUGCCGAUAUACUAGUUAAAGACUUGUACGUAGAGAAUGCACAUUUGGCCGCCACAAUUCAACGGUUGGAGCAACAUCGUGCACGUAUGAAUAUGGUGCAUCAACGUCAGGGUAUAAAUGGUUUACCGGGAAUGCCUUAAACAUUUUAUUAUAACAUGUUACCCAAAGAUUUGGAUAUAUUGAAGUAUAAGAGAAUGUUUUCGUUGUUUUAAAAAAAUAGUUAAUUAAUUAAAUGUAUGUAUAUACACCCACAAACACAUACAUACACACCUCACAUACACCCAACAAACCAGUAUGUUCAGCAGAUACUAGAUGAUAUUGUUAACAAAAAAAAAAAAAA